UCUCUAUCAUUCAAUUCAAUUUUGAUUUUUAAACCCCUCCACCCAAAAACACCCCAUCGUCACUCUCUCUCUUCGUGAAACGCAAAAACGAUGGCUAUAACAGCUACUACAAACGGCGGCGUUUCGUUAAACUUAAACGCCGACACGAUUUCAUAUGAUCUUGUGGAAACUGAUGUUGAGAUCAUCACAUCCGGUCGCCGUCGUAUUCCCGCACACUCCCGUAUCCUCGCUUCGGCGUCACCCGUACUGACGAACGUCAUGGAGAAGCCGAGGAAAGUUAUCCCCGGCGGAUCAUCAUCGAAGAGAGUUAUCAAGAUCCUCGGCGUUCCAUGCGACGCCGUUUCAGUUUUCGUCAGAUUCCUCUAUUCUCCAAGUGUCACCGAGAAAGAGAUGCAAAACUACGGUAUCCAUCUACUGGCUUUGUCACACGUGUACAUGGUGACUCAGUUGAAGCAGCGGUGCACUAAAGGCGUCGGUGAGUCAGUAACUCCCGAGAACGUCGUCGAUAUUCUCCAGCUGGCUCGGCUCUGCGACGCACCUGACCUCUGUCUCAAGUGUAUGCGUCUCAUUCACUCCAAGUUCAAGACCGUUGAACUCACCGAAGGAUGGAAGUUUCUUCAAGAACACGAUCCUUUUCUUGAACUCGACAUUCUCCAAUUCAUCGACGACGCCGAAUCGAGGAAGAAAAGAAGAAGGAGAUUCAGACGAGAACAGAAUCUGUAUAUGCAACUGAGUGAAGCCAUGGAAUGUAUAGAACACAUAUGCACCGAUGGUUGCACACUGGUCGGACCAUCUUGCAACUUAGACAACAACAAAUCAUCAUCUCAAGUAAAAACCGGUCCGUGCAGUGCCUUCUCUACUUGUUACGGACUCCAGCUGCUGAUACGUCACUUUGCGGUAUGCAAGAAACGAGUCGAUGGCAAAGGUUGUGUCCGUUGCAAGAGAAUGAUUCAACUCCUCAGACUCCAUUCUUCCAUCUGCGACGACCAAUCUGAAUCUUGCCGUGUCCCUCUUUGCAGGCAAUUUAAGAAAAGAGGUGAUGAAAAGGACAAGAAGAUGGUUGAGGAGACGAAGUGGAAGGUUCUGGUGAGAAGAGUUGCGUCCGCGAAAGCCAUGUCUUCCUUGUCUCAAUCAAAGAAGAAAAAAAGUGAAGAGUUAUACAAAGAAGAAGCAGAAGAUUUCAUCAGAAUCCGGAACAAGUUAACUUGAUAAUAAUAUAUGUAAAAUACACAUUUAGGUUAUUAUAUAUUGAGUGUUUGUUAGAAGCCAUUAUUAGAGUUGGAGUUUAGUUUGUUUGUUGGUUGAUUGGGUUAAAUUUGUCGAUGAGUAACCUUCUCAACCUGUCUUUGUUUAGUCAGAUUUAUAUAUAAAAAUGUGUGAUUAUAUUGGUUA